AUGAGUGAUCCCCUGGCGGAAUACUUGGCUGCACUGGAUGUGCGUGACGCAAGAGAGAAAGCGCAUGAGGAGUACAUCAACGCCUAUACCAAGCUCGCAGACAACACUGCACAGUUUGCAAACCAGAUAUCCUCCGCGGACGAGCCAGUCCCCGCAUCCAGCGCAUCUACAAAGACCACCACAUCAAAGGGCAAAGGCCCAGCAACAACCGACAUCUCCUCUCCGUCUUCUAUCGCGCAACUUCGCUCCGAACUAGCCAUUACGCAGCGUACGCGCGGUGACCUAGAAACCCAACUGAGCACCGUCACCGCAGAGCUCAGAGCCCUCAAAGCGUCAGACACGCAACAAAAGCAACGCAUAGAGCAGCUCGAGAAGAUUCGGACACAACUGGAAAGGCGAAGCAAAGACAGGACGGAGGAGCUCAAGGGGAAAGGGAGGCUUGUGGAGGAGGUGCACGACGAGAUGGUUGCGCUGAACUUACAACUCAACAUGGCAGAGCAGGAGAAGGAGAAACUACGCAAGGAGAAUGAAGAGCUGACUAAGAGGUGGGUUAAAAAGAUGGAGGAGGAGGCGCGGAAAAUGAAUGAACGUUCGGGAUGGGAGGACCAGUCACGGAGGAAGAAGUAG